CUAUGGGGUCUAUGGGGGCUCUAUGGGGUCUGUGGGGUCCCUAUGGGGUCUGUAGGGGCUCUAUGGGGUUUAUGGGGUUUCUAUGGGGUCUAUGGGGUCCCUAUGGGGUCUGUGGGGUCCCUAUGGGGUCUCUAUGGGGUCUCUAUGGGGUCUGUAGGGGCUCUAUGAGGUCUAUGGGGUCCCUAUGGGGUCCCUAUGGGGUCCCUAUGGGGUCUAUGGGGUUUGUGGGGUCUUUAUGGGGCAUCUAUGGGGUCUACGGGGUCUCUAUGGGGGCUCUAUGGCUCUCUAUGGGGUCCCUAUGGGGUGCCCAUGGGGCUCUAUGGGUCCCUUUGGGGUCUGGUCCCUAUAUGGUCCCUAUGGGGUCCUUAUGGGGUCUCUACGGGGUCUGUGGGCUCUCUAUGGGGUCUGUGAGGCUCUAUGGGGUCCCUAUGGGGUCUGUGGGGUCUCUACAGAUUCCUUAUGGAGUCUCUAUGGGCUCUCUAUGGGGUCAGUGGGGCUCUAUGGUGUCCCUAUGGGGUCUCUAUGGGGUCUGUGGGGCUCUAUGGUGUCCCUAUGGGGUCUCUAUGGGGUCUGUGGGGUGUCUGUGGGGUCUCUAUGGGGUCACUGGGGCUCUAUGGGGUCCCUAUGGGGCCAGUGGUUCUCUUUGGGUCUUUAUGGGGUCUGUGGGCCUCUAUGGGGUCUAUAGGGUCCCUAUGGGGGCUCUAUGGGGUCCCUAUGGGGGCUCUAUGGGGUCAGUGGGGCUCUAUGGGGUCUCUAUGGGAUCUGUGGGGCUCUACGGGACUCUAUGGGGUCUCUGUGGGGUCUGUGGUGUCUCUAUGGGGUCAGUGGGGCUCUAUGGAAUCCCUA